CCUCUUAAAGGAGAAACGGCGGCGGAGCGCGCGAGGUGGGCCCUCAUCCUCCCGCCACUCUCCGGGCCUGCGCCGAGGAGGGGGAGGCGCAGGCGCAGUCGGGCCGAGGGCGGGUGGGGGCGCGCAGGUCCUGGUGCCCAUGGCUUCCUCCCCGGUGGACGCAUCGCGCAGGCGGCAGGAGAAGCGGCGGCAGCUGGACGCGCGCCGCAGCAAGUGCCGCAUUCGCCUGGGCGGCCACAUGGAGCAGUGGUGCCUCCUCAAGGAGCGGCUGGGCUUCUCCCUGCACUCGCAGCUCGCGAAGUUCCUGUUGGACCGGUACACUUCUUCACGCUGUGUGCUCUGUGCAGGUCCUGAGCCUUUGCCCCCCAAGGGUCUGCAGUAUCUGGUGCUCCUGUCGCAUGCCCACAGCCGGGAAUGCAGCCUGGUGCCUGGGCUCCGAGGCCCCGGGGGCCAAGAUGGGGGGCUUGUGUGGGAGUGCUCUGCAGGCCACACCUUCUCCUGGGGCCCGUCUUCAGGCCUCACAUCUCCAGAGGAGCCUAAGCCAGCUUCCUGUCCAAAUACUGCCCGGAGAAGCUGGUGCCCAGAGGCCAGGAAUGGUCAGGAGCCUGCAGGUUUGGCAUCUGAGCACGAUGAGAGGACUCAGGAGGCCAGGUUGCCCAGGGAAGUAGGACCCUUACUGGAGACCUUCCCAACCCCAGGAGAAGAGGGGGAGGAGGAAGAUGAGGAUGAAGAGGAAAUGCUCAGUGAUGCCAGCCCAUGGACCUACAGCUCCUCCCCAGAUGACAGUGAUCCAGAUGCCCCCAGACUAUUACCUUCCCCUGUCACCCAUGCACUUAAGGAGGGAGAGACACCCCCACCCCCAGAAGCUCCCCUCAAUCCUCUUGCUGUACUGUCCUCAUCAACAUCAUCAUUGGGUUCUGGAGCUCUUCUGCCUACGGAAGUUGGGGUACAGCCAGACAUCAGAGGGACCCCUCAAGCAGCCCAGCAGACUGAGCCCUUGGCCAGCCCUGAGAGUCAGGCCCAGUCUGCUCUGACCUUGGCCUGGGAGGAGGACACGGCACAGAUUGGCCCCAAGAGAAUUAGGAAAGCUGCCAAAAGAGAGCUGCUGCCUUGUGACUUUCCUGGCUGUGGAAGGAUCUUCUCCAACCGGCAGUACCUGAAUCACCACAAGAAGUACCAGCACAUCCAUCAAAAGUCCUUUUCCUGCCCAGAGCCAGCCUGUGGGAAGUCCUUCAACUUUAAGAAACACCUAAAGGAACAUGUUAAACUGCAUAGUGACACCCGGGACUACAUCUGUGAGUUCUGUGCCCGGUCUUUCCGCACCAGCAGCAACCUCGUCAUCCACCGGCGCAUCCACACUGGAGAGAAACCCCUGCAGUGUGAGAUCUGCGGGUUCACCUGCCGCCAGAAGGCCUCCCUGAACUGGCACCGGCGCAAGCAUGCAGAGACUGCUGCCACUCUGCGCUUCCCCUGUGAGUUCUGUGGCAAGCGAUUCGAGAAGCCGGACAGCGUUGCAGCUCACUGUAGCAAAAGCCAUCCAGCCUUGUUACCAGCCCUACAAGAGUCACCUGGCCCACUGGAGCCCUGUCCCAGCAUCUCUGCCUCUGUGACCCUGAGGUCUGGUGACAAGUCCAGGCCUUCGGGUCCUCAGACUCUGACUGUACUCCCUCAGCAGUGAGCAUCCCUGGGCUCUGAGGAGCCAGACCCCAGGGACUGGAGAGAAGUGCCAGGGAGUGCAGGGUGGGGGCAAAGAAACCAGCCAGGCUACUUUAGUCUUCCUAAAGGACAGAAUAAACCCUUAUUUUACAUGGA